CCCACAUCGAACAAGCGAAUCCCGGAGACAAUCCGAAGACGAGGCGUUUCCAGUCGCUGUCUGGGCUGUUGUACCUUCCCGACCGUCUUCUGUUGCUUUUCCCGUUGUUUGGAGUACGGACGAAGAAAACGCCACGCAAACGUUCAGUUUCUUAACCCAGCCAUCAUGGAAAUACAGAGAAUUCCUCAAACGAAGAUCAAAAGAUAACGAGCGGGAGGACUAUGACGACAAAUGGACGUUUUAACUGCCUGGAACCACGAAACGGAUGUUUCCCUGUCCAAAACUCUGCGAUACCAUCGAGGAGACGCGCGGACACGGGAUGUCCCAUAUAACUGCGCCGAAACUCUGCGUUUGCUUGGGACAAAGGGGGAAAGUUUGAUGUGAUGUAUUAAUUUGGUUUAUUACAGCACACAUAGAGUCUUGCAUCUUGUAACAUUUGAUGCUUCCUGGUGGAAGGGGAAAAACAAUGAAGAUAAAUGCUUUAAGGUCUUCAGAACUAUUUGAAUCUGCGGUUUACCCUGUGACUGUCAUUUUAUUGCCUUUCUAAAAUGUUUUUGAUACUGUUUUGAGACAUAUGUUAUUCUGGACUCUCCAAAGCACCAAUAUUGUUGUGUCUGUACUCUGAAGCCUAGACAGCUAUACAAGUGACUUGAGAAUAAAGCAGAAAAUACUCAGUUUGAGGAGGAGAAAAGAAAACAUGGCAUUUGAAGGCCGAAUAACACUUCUUGACGUUGGACUGUUUGCCAUGGUGGUUCUUCUUGGCCCUGUAGCUGCUGCUCAGAGCGAGCACAGGGAGUGCGCUUAUGCAGAAGAGCCGCAGGCUCUGGCGGAGCGGAUUGGUGGACAUGGAGAGGGGCGUGUCUUUCUUGAGAAUGCCACCAUUCGCUGUAAUCAUGGAGGCCGCUGCUUUGGACUCUGGGGGAAAAGAAACAAUGAAAUCGUACUAGUGAAGCAAGGUUGUUGGACAGAUGUAGGUGACCAUCAGGAAUGCUUUGACCACUGCGUGGUGACCAACCCGCCAUCGGUGGUCCAGAAUGGGACAUAUCGCUUUUGCUGCUGCAACAAAGACUUGUGCAACAUGAACUUCACGGAGGACUUCCCUCCCCCCUCACCCACUACCGCACAGCCUCUCUAUUCUUGCCGGCUUUACAGAGAGGAAGUCAUAUUUGUCGCCUUAGCAACUGUCUCCAUGGUCGCUGUCAUUGUUGUUCUGCUUUUUUUUGGGUACCGCAUGCUAAGAGGACGUGGUAAACACUCUCUGCAUAGCCUGGAUGUUUUGGAGGCGGCGUUUUCCCCUCCUUCUCUAGAUUUAGACAACCUCAAACUGCUGGAGAUAAUUGGCAGAGGCCGGUAUGGCACAGUGUAUCGCAGUUCACUGGACGAGUGUUCUGUGGCGGUGAAAGUUUUCAUUUCUGCUAACCGGCAGCAGUUUACUAAUGAGCACAAGAUUUACCGCCUCCUCUUGGACCACGAGAACGUAGCACGCUUCUUAGAGAGCGAGGAAUGUGUGGACACGGAAGGCAGGACGGAAUAUCUCCUCUUACUGGAGUUCUACCCUCAUGGCUCUCUGUGCACGUAUCUGAGCAGACGGAGUGUGGACUGGCUGAGCUGCUGUCGUUUGGCUCUGUCUGUCACUAGAGGGUUGGCGUACCUUCACACAGAGACACAGAGAGGAGAUGUGUAUAAACCGGCCAUCUCCCAUCGGGAUCUGAACAGCAGGAAUGUGCUGGUGAAGGCAGAUGGCUCGUGUGUAAUCAGUGAUUUUGGACUCUCCAUGAUUCUGACAGGAAAGAAGCCGCCUGGGCACGGAGAAGAGGACAACAGCGCCAUCAGUGAGGUGGGUACAGUACGGUACAUGGCCCCAGAAGUGCUGGAGGGGGCGGUAAAUCUGAGAGAUUGUGAGUCUGCGCUGAAGCAGGUGGAUGUUUAUGCUCUGGGUCUGCUUUACUGGGAGACAUUUAUGCGUUGUGCUGACCUCUUCCCAGGUGAGACAGUGCCAGCGUUUCAGAUGGCAUUUCAGGCCGAGGUGGGCAAUCACCCUACUAUAGAGGACAUGCAGGCACAUGUAUCCCGAGAAAAAGAAAGACCCAAAUUCCCAGAAGCCUGGAAAGAGAAUAGCCUGACAGUGCAUUCUCUGAAAGAGACUAUGGAGGACUGCUGGGAUCAAGAUGCUGAAGCCCGACUUACAGCUCAGUGUGCAGAGGAGAGACUCACUGAACUGCUGCUCAUCUGGGACAGAGAAAAAUCUGUCAGUCCUGCUCUCAACCCCAGUACUGCACUGUAUAACCACAGGAACUUCUCUAUAGGACAGCAGACACCCAAAGUGGGUUCUUACCUCGAAUACUCAUCCACAAACACUGAAGACCAUGAGAGUGCUGCACUCCACAAUGACACCUCAGUAGACCCAUCCUCAAUGGCAGGGUCAAAUCCUGCAGAGAAGAACAGGAACUGCAUUAACUACGAGUGGCAGCAGGCCCAAUCACGACAGUCUAGCGUAGAGAGCUCUUCCCCCGUGCCCAUCACAGACACUUGCACUGCCAACCAGCCUCCUCCAGGGGGCAAGAGUGGGCCUGUUUGUGCUCAGCUGACCCAGGAGGACCUUGAAACAACAAAACUGGACCCAGAUGAAGUUCAGAGGAAUCUGCGAGAGAGCUCUGAUGAGAGUCUGAUGGAGUAUUCGCAGAAACAGUUCUGUUCUCUGGAAGCGGCGAAUUCGCACAGUGCAUUCUACCCCCUCAUGAACAUAGCUGCUGAAGUUUCAGGGUCACAGGGUUCCGGAUGCAAUCCUGACACCCCACCAACCAUCUUACCAAAGCAGCAAAACGUCCCUAAGAGACCAAGUAGCCUAAACCUCCACGUUAAGUCCUCUGGGAAAACACCAGCAUCUUUGUCUUCAUCACUGCGGAUGAAAUUUGGAAAACUCAGCAAGUCCAAUCUGAAAAAAGUUGAGAUGGGCGUGGCCAAAGCUAGUGCAGUGAGCACAGCACAUGAGCCUCGGCUGAGUACUGUUGCCAACAAUGAAGUUGCGGCAACAGCUAAUAAAUAUGCGGCCGGAGCCGCACCUGAGUCAGCAGGAAGUGCAGCGUUGAGUUCAGAGGACUUUGGCCUCUUGACCACUAGCCCUGAUGAGCAGGAACCUCUGCUGAGAAGAGAGGCGCAUCCUGACAAUGCAAAUAACAACAACAGCAAUAACAACAAUGGAGAGGGAGACGGGGAUGGAGAUACUGAGGGAGGUGGGGAAGGAGGAGAGAACAGUGAGAGUGUUGCUCCACCUGGGGAAGCCCAAUCCUCCUCUACUCUGGAGCCUGUUGCACUGCCUGGUCCCUGUCCUGCCGCAGCCGUGGUUCCACAGGCCCAAAGCACAGUCCAGACACAUGGAGAAACCCUGCUCAGACAGAACAGGGUGCGCAGACCCGAGAGGCCCAACUCACUGGAUCUGUCCAUCACUACACUGCCAUUGUUAGGCAAGUCUGAUGGCAACAUGACAGAGGAAUCAGGAGACAAAAUCAAGAAGCGAGUAAAGACGCCUUAUGCUCUGAAGAAGUGGCGUCCUGCCAGCUGGGUCAUCACCACGGAAACAAUGGAUGCUGAGGUUAACAACAACAGUCGUCUUGGAGGGCCCAGUCAGAAUCAGGGUCAGGCUGGUACCAGCAGAUCUAAAUCGGCCUCUGCUGUGUAUUUAGGGAGUCGGGGAGGAUCUCGCUGCUCUGUUCCCAAUGAUUGUGACUUUUGAACUUUAACCUUGAAAGACAGGUAAUGAGCUAAAUUCGAACUCCACAGCUCUAAAAAAAAGCCUAUUUCAGGAUGCUGUGGAGAGAAACAGAUGUGGACAGGACCUUAUACAGUACACGUCUUAAAGUUAACCCCGAUCUUAAGCACAGUAAGAGUCUUAGUGGCUUACUUUACAGUGAAAACAAGCUAUACUGCCAUCUUUAAGUUUAAUGUUGUCAUGUUCAACAUGGCUUCUUUUAAAAUGCAUUUGUAUGUUAUUGUGUUAAUUAUGCAUCUUGUUUUGGUUUCAUAUUUUUGGAUAGAAAUCAUAAAUCAUAGUAUUUUGACCAUUUUGGAGAAUGGUUCCAAAUCUUGAACCAGUGUAAACACUUAAUUAUUACAGGGUUCCCACGGUCAUGUAAAGCCUGGAAAUAUCAGGGAAUUUUAAAAUUGUGAUUUUUAGGCCUGGAAAAAUGAUGGAAAUUUUAAUUUCUGUUGUUGAUAUGACAGGUCUAGUCAUGCUUAGCUCUAAAAUAUAUUAGCUAGAAAUUGUUCUGAAUGAGUGCAUUCUUUAUUCACUGAAUUUUAUAAAAAUCCAUAUCCAGUAAUCACAAACUACUGGAAAAGUCAUGGAAACUUAAUGGUCAAAAUGAACCCUGUCAUCAGAGUAGAGGGCUACUCAUUAAUGUUAAUAAUUUUAAUCAAAUAGAACAUUAUGCAGUGACUCUCACAAAUAUGUCUGAAAGCUUUAAUUUUUGGCCAUGCAGACCUGCAGAAUAUGUUUAUGUCCUUCUCAAAUAAUUUACCUGGAGUUUCCUUGAACUUUGAGUUGUUUGACAUCCUAAUUUCACUGAAAUUGCCUUGUGACUCUGUGGGCAUAGCAUUUAAUAUUCAUAAAACCAUAUGUGCAAAAUCUGUUUCUUUAAAGGAAGCAACACUUUCACUUUGGUGGCACAAAAUAUCUCUCAGCAUCAGGGAGACACUCAAGACCAUUUUCAGAGGUGGUGUGAACACACAAAGACAGGAGUCACACCUCUUGCUCUCUGGACAAUUCACAAGCUUUACUCGCUGCAUUGUGUCUACACUAACUGUUCUGGAUCCUUUUAAGGUCUUAUAUGAUAUGCUUUGGACCUACUUGUUAUUUACCUUUCUAUGUGUUUGAUUUAGUUCAGUUAUCCUUGUGUUUGUUCUUGUGUCUGGUCUCUGGUUGUGUGAAAGGUUUUAGUGCUGCAUGUUUGUACCUAUACCCGUGGGGAUGUGCAUCUUCAUACGCACUUGCCUGUUCCAGUCAUUUUAUGAACAGUGAGUCUACAAACUGACCAAGGGUAAAGGUCUAAUCAGUUCGUAGUCUUUUAAAAAGUACAGCACACAGAAGAGCUGCAUUUUAUGCUAUGCACAAACACAUAAAGCAAGCAGCUCUGGUCUGAAAUGGAAAAUAUUAAUAAACUGCUCUGGCAUGUCAGUGAUAAUUAAAUAGACACUGUCAUUGUUAAAACAGUGUCCCAUAUUAUCCUCACCUGAACUGACCAUUGCAUGUCUUAAAUGCAUCUUAAAGAGCACAAUAUAUUUUCAGAUAAGACCCUAGUGUGUGCAUAUGCACAUGUAUGUAUGUGUUUGUGCAUGUACUAUAUGUGUGUGUAUGUGGGUGAGUGUUUGUAUGAUGUUAUUCUGUUGUUAACACAAUCAUAAUCAUAGUGUUGUGGUCAAUCAUUUUAUUAUCCUCUUGCUGAGACAUUUUGAAAAUUGUGAUUUGUAUAAGAAGGUGCAGACUGUAAAAGUGUAUUGUUAUUUGCAGAAUUCAAUUAAAUUAUGCUUUGCAUUUG